AAACCCCAAACCCUCCACGCAAAGAUGCUUACUGUUGAAAGGUUUUCUUAAAUUUAGGGUUUCGGCAGGAAACAAGGAAAAAGCUCAGAGAUGGCAAAAUACAACGUGGUGCAGAAGAGGAAGAAAGCUGAGAAAGCAGAGAGAAAGAGAGCCAGACAUGGAGACCCAAAAACCGGGAAGCUCAAGAUCAAGCCUCAGAGUCUAUCUAUAUCCGGCAAACGCCAACGGAAGCUCUUAAAGAAAUGGCGCCGAGAGCAAAAGGAGGCUGUGGAAAGUGGUCUUGUGAGCAUGCAAGAUGUGGAGAUGGUUGUUGCUGAAGAUGUAGGUAAAUCAGAAGAUGCCCACAAAACGCCAACCAAAUUUCAUAUGAAAAGGGGUUUGAAGCUUAAACACUUAAAGCGUAAAGGUAAAAGCUCCUUGAAACCGGCUGCUGUCGAAGCUUCACCGGAUUCCAUGGUAGACUAAUUAUAAACGAAUCAAUUACUCAAAAUCCUUGUAUGUUGUUUUAUGUAGUUGCUGUAUUACUCAACUCGGCUGUAAUUUAGUCAUUUGUAGUUCAAUGAAUAUGAUUUUUUCAUUCUCCGUAUGG